AUGCCUCCCAAGUUCGAUCCCAAUGAGGUGAAGAUCAUCCACCUGCGUGUGACUGGUGGUGAGGUCGGCGCUCAGUCCGCUCUGGCCCCCAAGAUCGGUCCCCUCGGUCUGUCUCCCAAGAAGAUUGGUGAAGAUAUCGCCAAGAACACUGGCGACUGGAAGGGUCUCCGUGUCACCGUCCGCCUGACCAUCCAGAACCGUCAGGCCGCCGUCUCCGUUGUGCCCUCCGCUUCCUCCCUUGUCAUCAAGGCCCUCAAGGAGCCUCCCCGUGACCGCAAGAAGGAGAAGAACAUCAAGCACUCCAAGUCCAUUCCUUUCGAUGACAUCAUCGAGAUUGCCCGCACCAUGCGUGCCCGCUCUAUGGCCAAGGAGCUCCGCGGUGUCGUCCUCGAGAUCCUCGGUACUGCUUUCUCCGUCGGCUGCCAGGUCGAUGGCCGCAGCCCCAAGGAUGUCUCCGAUGAUGUCAAGGCUGGCGAGAUUGACGUUCCCGAGGAAUAA